GUGUGUGUGUGUGUGUGUGUGUGUGUGUGUGUGUGUGUGUGUGCGUGCAUGUGUGUGUGUGUGUGUGUGUGUGCGCGUGCGUGAUCAAACAGUCUCUCGAGCCGCGCCUCAUGAACUUUACGCGAGCAUCUUCCUGAUUUCCAACUUAUUUUCCCGGAAUCGCCUUUUUUCAGAAUUUGGGACAUGAAACGUGAUUUAGAAAAUACCAAUGCGUAGCUCCUGCGGAUUACGCGGAGGGGAAUACAUCCACCUAGUGCAUUUGACCACUCGACUCGCCUGCCUCCUGCACAUUUACUCAUACUACAUAAGCAAAAAAGAAAUCGCAAAGAUGCUGUGGAGCGACACACGCUUCGAUCAGGAAGCAGGCGCACACGAAGAGGAGAUGAACCUGCGACUUGCAUGGAUACGAUGAUUGGCGUUCAACUCGGGAAAGUUUCUAAGGAAGACAUUGCCAAAUUGGGUAAAAAUAAAAAAGUAUUAUGCCUAUCUUGAAUCCUGCAUUCGUGGGGAUGCCCUUGGCAUAAAGUACUCAAGUGUCCUCUGGGUCCUGUAACGUUACUGUACCAGGCGCAUCGCUAUCAGUCCAGGUCUAUGCGUCCUCCGCCUGCUCACACGCCGAUCUGUUUACGAGCCGAGCGAAGGAGGGAUGCAUAGUCGAGACAGAACACCUUUGAGAUCAAGGCUUCGGCCAUUUCUGUUAGGCCACUGCUUUUUCUCGUCAUUUCUUCUUUUAUGCCAGGCUGAGCUUCAGAGGUCAUGCUCACAGCUUGGCUCUCAGAGACGAGGUGAACACUGCCAGUCACUGUGCCACUGCAGAUACUACCCACCUCUACCUCCACCACCCCCACCUCCACCCCCUCCUCGGCUACUCAUCCCCACAGUGGCUGAGUCUCCAGUUCCUCUGCUUAGGCCAUGGUGGAUGGACUUCAUUGUGGUUGUGACAGUAGGGUGCACCUCGGCUUUCUUUCUACUCUUAAUUCUUCUCAUCUGCUUUAAGGCCAUUAAACGGAAACCUCUUAAAAAAGAGGAAAAUGGCACCAGUCGUGGAGAAUAUGCCAUGAGCUGCCGCAAGAAAAAGACCACUAAUAAUGUUGUAGUGUAAAACAGACACACAUUAAGAGCUAAUGACAUCUCUGCAUUGCUGCAUCUUAUCUUCAGAACUUACUGACCCAACGUGCAGCAGAAGUGUGAGCCCAAAAAUAUGAUGUCAAAGCAAAGAACGGAGCACAAGAAGAAGGUUAACUUUUUGGAAGACCGCAGCCUGGGCUAUCACACUAUUGCUCUGCUUUCUCAGAGAUCCACUUCCAUGCACAACCUGACAAACUGUGGCAUAGAGACAAUGGCAUAUAUUUGCAUGAUUUUUUAUUUCAAUGCCAAUAUACUAAUAUAUAAUACCAGAUGCUUUAUUUUACUUUUGAUGCACUGGUCUCAAAUCUAAUUUCUAAGCAUAGCGUUUUCUAUUUAUUUAAUAAAUUAUGAUUAUUUAUUUUGUCAACAUUGCUAUGGGACAGUGCAUGUCUUCUAAUGAGAAGAUGUUAAAAAAAAAACAACUGGCUGUGUUGUUCAGCUGUAUCUUAGGAAAACUGAACACAUGAGUUUGCAUGGUAUAUUGUGCACACAUAAAUUAAAUCCUCCUUGUGGAAAUUUUGUACUCAUACUAUCAUGUUCAAAAGAUUUGUUACCUUGCACAGUCAAGGCCGUGGAUUCAUAUUUGUGAUGUAUUUAUAAAUGUCUAUGUGAUAUAAUAUUGAGACAAGCCUAUGCACAGAUACUUAUACAACAUGUUACAUCAUUAUUCUAGGAUGAACCCUGGAGGUCUUUCCUGGUGUUCUGCAUUAAUUCUGUGGUAUAGCAUGGUUUCAUAUUUGCAAUGAGACUAAAAUGCCUGUCUUGUAUCCUCCUUAAGGCUAGCAUUCUAAACACUCCUUUGUCUGUGCAACUUUCUAGUGAUUACAAGGACAGUGGACAGUCAUACAGGAGGCAGUCGUUCAUGUUCAGAUGUGAUUACAUACUAAUUGUUCUCUUUACAAUCCAGCAGACAAGGGCCCUUCCACAAAAGUCUACACAGAUGCCUGAUGAACAUUAGUACUUCACUGAUGAAUGAUUGCAAGAAAGCUGGCAGCAUUUCAUCUGUGCUAAACUUCAUGUAGGCUGCCAUCAGAAAGAUAAUGAAUGUCUGUAAUGUUUCUGAUGUUAUAAUGACAGUAUAAUAUAAUCUAUAUGCGUUAUAUGCAUUACAGUUGGUUUGUAUUAAUGGUUCAACCAUCAUGUUCUGUGUCUGAGUGCUCUUUCUCUGUCUAUCUAACUACUUGUGAAAGUUGUUCUCAUCUGCACUGUAUCCUAAAAAAUCUCAAAAAGCUAUAUGUAAGAUAUAUAAAAUGUAUUAUAUGUACAAAUGAGAGGGAAUGAUGCAUGAAUGUAAACAGUGAUUUCAAGAUACUGUACCUUCUGGACUGUUAUUCACUCCUCCAGAGUGACUAAAUAUGUUUAUACAUAGUAGAAAUAAAACCUUGCAAAUGGA